AUGGAAAAGAAUACAUGCCAUGAAAAAGGAAAGACAAUUAAUGAUUUCCUCGACGCCAAAAUCGAAGAACGUGAAUCAACGGGCAAUGAUCUACCCUUCUACGUGGCAAAUCUAGAUGUUGUGUUUAAGAGACACCUUUUGUGGCUUACUCACUUACCUCGUGUCAAGACUUUCUUUGCAGUGAAAUGCAACAACUCACCAGCAGUUAUCCAGAUGCUAAGAGCUCUGGACACAGGUUUUGACUGUGCCAGCAAGGGUGAGAUUCAGUUGGCCCUGUCCCUCGGAGUGACACCGGAUAAAAUCAUUUACGCACAUACAACCAAACCACGUACCCACAUCAAAUAUGCCCGCGCUCACGGAGUCAAUCUGAUGACUUUUGAUAAUGAGAUUGAGCUCCUAAAAAUUUCUCAAUAUCAUCCCAAAGCCAAACUAGUGCUCCGCAUCGCAGUGGAUGAUUCCAAAUCGCUGUUAAGACUCAAUGCAAAGUUUGGAGCCAGACUGGAUACCAUUGAAAUGCUGCUGGAACGAGCUGAACAACUGGACUUAGAGAUCAUUGGAGUCAGCUUCCAUGUAGGGAGCGGGUGCACUGACAGUUCAGCAUUCAAACAGGCCAUAUCAGAUGCCCGACAUGUGUUUGACCUAGCAAAUUCGAUGGGAUUCCAAAUGAGACUCUUGGACAUUGGUGGAGGAUUCUCUUUGACUGGGAACUGUAAAGCAGUAUUUACAGAGUUUGCAGAAACCAUUAAUGGAGCACUGGAUGAAUUCUUCCCGCCUGACUGUGGGGUGGAGAUUAUGGCAGAACCAGGCCGAUACUACGUAGAAUCAGCCUUCACGCUGGCAGCGUGCGUCAAUGCCAAAAGAGUCGACAUAGAUCCAAUGGCCAACCACUACAAUGGUGAGAAAAACAGCUCUGUAAAAAUGGUCUACUACAUUAAUGAUGGAGUGUAUGGCUCCUUGAAUUGCCUCAUCAAUGAUCCUGCCCACACCAGUGUUACACCAUAUCUUCACAAGGCUGUUGAUGGCAGCGAGCAGCGAUACCAGUCCGUCAUUUGGGGUCCAACCUGCGACAGCCUUGACAAAAUAAUUGAAAACUUCUGGAUUCCUGAGCUGGAAGUGGGGGACUGGCUUCUUGUCGAUGACAUGGGUGCUUACUCUAUAAGUAUACUCACUGACUUCAACUGCUUUGAACGUGCACAGAUUUGUCCUGUUUUGACAGCAGAGACAUGGUAUGCCUUAAACCUUUUCUGA